AUGUGGAGCCCUGAGUACACGACGUCGACGAUCAACGGCUUGCCGACGUGUUCGACCAACGACUGGGUCGUCUCGGGCGCGACGUACGACGGCGUGUCAGCCUGUUCGAACGCCAAGUCGACCAAGAUCUCUGUCAACCCGUUCCGUUGCGUGCAGUACAACGCGGCCAAGAGCAGCCACGGCAUCUACGACUGCGGUGCCUGCUUUUACGGCUGGAAGUUUGCUCCGAACAAAGACGUUGUCUCGUACGAAAGUGCAUCCAAAGCUGCGGGCAUCCGCUUGAAGGCGUUCUUUCUCGCGUUGCUCUGCGACUUUAUUGAACGCGAGAGCUUGGCGCCGGGCGCCAAGGCGACGUGCGUCCAGAAGAACCGCGCCCGGUACGCAUUUGCAAAGCCGCUUGUCGACGCCGCGCCAUGCGCCGCGUAUGCCGUCAAGAACAACCAAGUGGUCUGCACGAAGUGAGCGCGUUCGACAUGUGUGGAACCGUCGAAACACUGUGUCCCUGGUUGUCCUUAUCGUUUUAGUUGUAAUCAAUCCUUUCACAUCCA